CCGUCGCGUAGUAAUUACCGUCGCAUCCGUGCUCACGCGCCGCCACACGCCGAGAUGUCUGGUUAUCUCGUGCCCAACCAUCGUUAAUUGGCCGUGCUAGCCCUUGCUUCUUACCAUCACGUCCUUUCGCGACUUUCUGCCUCCCGGUGAGCACCACGAUCGGUAUGCUUAAAUGGCCAACGUCGUCUACUUCAAUGUGGACGACACAUCCCCACAGAUCGGCUACUCCCCCUUCGCCGAUACCCUCUCGCUGCCGGACCUCACAGGGGGCUGGAAUCCCUACUACGAUGACUCUGGAUUUGCCGACGGCCUCGGCGAAACGGGGUCAGGAAACAGCGCGCACAUUACGGCGCACGACGGAGCAACGAUCUCCGUACGCUGGCGAGGUACAGGCAUUCAGCUGGUCGGCAAUGCGACGCAGGCGUCUUACAGCAUCGCGCUCGAUGGCGAGCGCGUAUCAGCUUCAAGUCGGAAGUCGGAAUUUGCCAACGAUGCACUGGUCACGCUGGAUAACCUGCAAGACACCGACCACACGCUCACUUUUACCACCAAUAUUCAAUCCUCCGGUACCAACUCCUCAUUCAUUGUAUUCCGACGGUGCUUCGUCACCUCUCCAUCCUCCACUUCAUCCGGGUCAUCUCUGGCAAAUAUGACUGUCGCGGAUGGCGAUAUAUCCUUUUCAGGUGGAUGGGCAGAUACCGAUGCUACGGAUAAUGCGCCCGCAACGCACCAAUCCACGGGUGCAGGGGAUGCCGCCCAGGCAGAGUUCAAUGGUACUGCGGUCUUCAUCCGAGGACAGACGUCCCCAAAGGCAUCACGCUACAACGUAACUCUCGACGGGAAUAUGACCACGCAGCUGUCCGCGAGGUCCUCGUUCACCAAUCAUGAUGCCUUGCUUUUCUAUGCGACAGGACUGGACCCAAACGUCACGCACACGAUCGACAUCGUCAAUGACCAGGACGGAGCCGUGCUUGCGUUGAAUAGGGAAGGUUUUUCGGUAAUGACUGUGAUGCCGCCUACUGCUUCUAGCCCGCCCAUGGGCUAUGCCGGCUCGAAAUCAUGGUCUAAAGGGGCGAUCGCCGCCUUCGCUCUUGGCGGCAUUCUGGGCUUUUUGAUUCUCACUGGACUACUGUUCUAUCUCCUCGUCUAUCGCCCUCGACGCAAGAGAAGGUCCGAGGCAAAGGAACGGCACCAUACCUUCGAGCCACCAGAAAAGCCGCUGGACCCGGAACCAAUCCUCGACAUACGCCCUCAAGAUAUCCUCCCAAUCGCGCCUAUCUCACCUGUAUACGAAUUCGCGCGCCGCGAGAGUGUCCGAACGAACAAGACGGCGAAGACGGGCUUCGAACGAUGGAAAGACGAAGUCGAGAACAAGGUCGCCCGGAGCCUGGGUAGUCUAGUAUUCCGCCACUCCAGCCGCUCGAGUAGCCACAGCGGAAGCCUCGUAUCGUCAAUCAUGUCCGAUUCUUCCUCGUGUCGCAACAAGUCCAACUCGCCGAGCAUCAUCAUCGAGCUGCCGCGCCGCGGCAGCGCGCAGCAGUCGCCGCAAGGGCCUGCGACGAUGCUGCAAGCACCUCGCAUGCAGCCCUCGACCUCUGACAUCACGUCAUUGGAUUAUGCAUCGACACUUGCGCACCCCCAGUCCGUGCAGAGGGGACCUUCGGUCUCUAGCCAUGGCCAAGCCGCAUCGGCUCCGCUGGGUCAACCAAUCAUGCGUGCGCAAGACCGAGCUCGCACUGUGCCAACUUCUGUGCCAGUGUCUCCCGCGGACGACCGGCUGAGCCCUCUUCGCACGUAUCCAACACGGACGACGGACUCGGGGCGCCCGAGAACGCCUUCAUCCGCUGGGCACGACCGCGGCGUGUUCCUACUCGACGACGGCAUGAGCAUAUUCGGGCGCGGCGGCGAUGUACGACAGCUCAGCCCGAGGACGAGUGUUGCGGAUGACGGACGACCGUCGCGGCGCGGCCUGAGCAUCCUCAUCCCCGGUCUCCCCUUUCGCUUUUUCCGGCGGCAGUCCGCGGGCACUCGCGCGUCGGAUGACGUUUUGGAGAUCAGUCCCUUCCCGCGCGGUUCGCGGUCAGAGGAGGGCCCGCCGCUAUCGAACAGCUCGCCGCAUCCGAGACGGGCCUCGCGAGUGUCUGGCCUUUCUGUGCACUUUGAAGAGAGUGGCGGUGGCGUGGAUAGUGUGCGGAGCCCACUCGAGCCUGUGGCCUCAUCCUCCGAUGCUUCCCCUCAGGACGCAGGCCUGCGGCUCACCCCACCCGGUAUCGUCCUCCAGAUCGACGGGGCGUCAACAGCAAGUCCCGCUCUGUCGCAAAGAACAGCGUCCAACCGUUCGGAUGGUCGCUCUGAGAUUCCCGCCGACGAAGGCGGCAAGCCAGGAGCGAGCGAGUCCUUGGGCAGCAAAGCGGGCACGUCCUCGUCCGGCGGCUCCAGCGCCUUCCCAUACCCCGUCUCCAUCCCGCCUUCCACCCACCACCCCGCCGGCGCCAUCUCCGACGCGCACAGGGAGGCCAUGCGCGAGGCGGACGCGCCACCCUCCGACUCGCCCACCGACACGCUCCCCGUCUCCAUCUCCGACGUGCACUUCCGCAGCCCCGCGACCGACUCGUCGUCCCGGCAUAGCGAAGAGCUUGCGUCGUCGUGGCGACACAGCGAGGAGUUUGCGCGGCCGGCGCACCCGCCGCUGCCGCGCGCGGUGUCCAGUGGGCCGCCGCAGACCUACAUGUUCCAGCGACUGCAGGGGCACUCAAGUACGGGUGCCUCGCUGCUCACGCCCCUCGGUCCGCGCACGCCUGGGCAGCCGCAUGAUAGGCGGACGGGUGGCCUGCGCUCGAUGUUGGGGCGAAGCAGUACGACGCCAGAACCGAGCGACGCGGAGAGGAAUGAUGCCGCGCGCCACCAAAGGACCGGUAGCACGCCCCUUGGACCGCGAAUCUUUGGCUCGCCGCAUCGACGGAGCACCAGCGUGCCCUUCCCGUUGUCGCGGGGGCAGCGGUGAUGGGCUUUGCGGGAUGUCCUCCGUCAGGCGUCGUACUUGCUACCUCAGCGACUGCCUUGCUGCCUAUGCGGCCAUUUUGCUGCCUAUUCAACUAUCUAUUGCCCUAUGAUGUAUCGUUCAUCUACUCUUGUACGCUGGACUGAACAUUGUUGUAUUUGUAUCCACUAGGAGGUUGUCUUGCGUUGUGCUGUAGUAGGCCUGUGUUGUGUAGGCUUGCGUUGUGUUUGCAUGAUAGGUGGGCUGAAUAUGCCGUGUUGUACUGUGAUCUAUUCCUUACCUACUAUCUUGACGGAUCAUAUAAUAAUCGCUGAAGUUGCAA